AUGGAGGUUUCCACCUCGCGCAUCAGCAAAUUCAUCGCCUCUCACCGAGAAGCGCGUCUUCAUGCAUGUGAAAGAGCUGCGUCUUGGGAGUUUUUGCUCGCCAAAUGCGUCAACUGCGACACGCGCGUUGAAUGCGCAUCUCACCAGUUCUCACCGACACCCUCAACAACUGAAGCCCUACCCAGGGCGAAGACGAAGAACCGAACGACGCGACAACAGGUGAAAAGUCAGACAGGUAGAGCAGAAAAUGAGGUCAAGGGAGAGAUAAAGGAGAUCAAGAAGAUCAACAAGGACAUCAAGGAGAUCAAGAAGAUCAACCAGGAGAUCAAGAAGGUCAACAAGGAGAUCAAGGGAGAGAUCAAGAAGAUCAACAAGGAGAUCAAGGGAGAGAUCAAGGAGAUCAAGAAGAUCAACCAGGAGAUCAAGGUCAACAAGGAGAUCAAGGGAGAUAUCAAGGAGAUCAAGAAGGCGGUCAAGAGGAUAUCCCGGAGGGCAAAGGCAGGCCAAGAGGCAGUUUAA